AUGGCCCCGAAGAGACGUUCAGCAGCGGCCGCCAGCAACCUCACCACCAUCUUUGACCAGAGCAAGAUCCAGGAGAUGAAGGAGGCCUUCACCGUCAUUGACCAGAACCGCGACGGCGUGAUCACCAAGGAGGACCUGAUGGACACCUACGCCGCCAUGGGCUGCCUCAACGUGCCCAAGGAGGAGCUGGACGCCAUGAUAAAGGAGGCCAAGGGGCCGAUCAACUUCACCACCUUCCUCACCAUGUUCGGGGAGAGGCUGAAGGGCUCAGACCCGGAGGACACAAUCACCGCUGCCUUCAGGGUCCUGGACCCCGAGGGCAAGGGCACCCUCAAAAAGGAAUACCUGGAGGAGAUGCUGAUGACUCAGUGCAACCGCUUUACUGAAGAGGAGAUCAAAAACAUGUGGUCCGCCUUUCCGCCCGACCUGGCAGGGAAUAUUGACUACAAGAGCAUCAGCUACACCAUCACCCACGGCGAGGAUAAGGAAGAGUAACAGCUUCCCGCUGGUCACCUGUUAAAAUUAAAAAAUGGACUUCCUUCCUCCUGAGUGCGAAUGACUCGGUUCAUGAAUUUUUGCGUUGUUGAUAUCUCCAAGGCUUCUCUCUCUGUCUUUUUAAGUAUAAUGCUUUUGAGUACAAACAUUAAGACUUUUUUUCCCAAAUGAAAUGUAUAAAAUAAUGAUUUGAAAUAAACUGUAUUUCGCUUACAAGAA